GACGCAGGAAGCGUCAUCUCGGCGUACUCGGCGUACUUACUACGUCAUAUCUUCCAGCUCAACCGCUGGUUCCUGGCCGGCUUAGGUAGCCGUGUCAGGCCCAACUCCUCUGUGAACCGUUAUUCAUGUUUUACCGCCAUUCACCGGUUAAAAAAGCGGCUGCUCCGCUCAGCCUGUGUGGCGCUAAGGUCGGCAUGAAUAACUGAAGCAGCUGAAACACCGGGACUCGCUGUUAGCAGCGACAGAAGUGAGGUGGAGCCUGAGGUGUGACAACCGUGGUGAUGGUGUUGGACUCAGGUGAAAUCUUCAUGGAUCAGGUAGAGGGUGAACACAUUGGGAGCAGUGGGAACCUGUUAGAGGCAGAUGUUGGAGCAGAUUCACCAAAAACCAUCAACAGCUUUGCUGCGACGCCCAAACUGCUGGCCAAAAGGAGCAAUGUUGUUAGAAAGGAGAGGGUGUGCCACAAUGGGGUUCCAGCCCAGAUGAACAGCAGCCAGGUAGAGAGGAGGCCAUCAUCAUUAAAAGGUGGGGCCACACCGAAACAGCAACUCCGCCGCCCUCUCAGCUUGGAGAUGACACCACAGCGCCCGCGAGGGACUCAGCAGCAGAUGACAGACAGGCGGAUUGUGCAGCCUCCUUGGCGCAGUGGUUCAGCUGCCCCCUCUCCCCCGGCUCGCAGCCUGACCAGCCCCAGUUUGGGAGCAGGCAGCUGGAUGCGCCGCAGUGAAAGCACCUGCUCGGUCAACUACUCCUUGGGGCUUCGGACCAGCAAAGGGCAAAUGCGACCUGCUACCUCCCUUCCACACAUAGCUAAAGGGCUGGGGGGCACAACACAGCCUACACCCUCCAGGCCCUGUCUGCUUGUCGCCCUCAGACCUCUAAACUUGGAAGAGGAGAAGCAGGCUUUCUUCCAGUCUGACUACAAGUAUGAGCCUCAGUUUGAGUAUGCGCAGCCUGAGCCGAACAGUGUGCUGGAGAAGUAUAGGGAGGGUUCAGGCCUCUUCCUUGAACAGGCGGUUGGAAUCAUGGAGUGCAUCCUGAAGAAGUUUGGCUCAUAUGAGAACUUUGAGGAGGUGACAGGCGGCUGUGUCCUCCCCAAAAGUCAGGUCUGGGCUGCUGUACGCAAAUAUCUGCAGAAAGAAGGCUGUGUGGGAGAGGUUGUGGUGCGUCUCUCUGAUGAGCUGCUGUCUCAGGCAGUGAUGGUGGUGGAGAGUUGUCGUCCCACACUGACCAUCAACCUGGCCGGAGCUCGACAGCACUGGCUGGAGGGGAUGCUGAGACAUGAGAUAGGCACACAUUAUCUGCGAGGUGUCAACAACAGUCUGCAGCCAUGGGCCACCACUGAAGGCAGGAAGCAGUUUGGCCUUAAACCUGCCAAUCCCACAGAGGAGGGUCUGGCCAGCCUGCACAGUGUGCUGCUACGAAAACAGCCCUACCUUUGGCGUGCGGCCCUGCUGUACUACACAGUGUACCACGCCACUAGCAUGAGUUUCAGCCAGCUCUUCAGUCACAUCGCCCGCUUUGUGCAAGACCCAGACAUCCGUUGGGAAUACUGUUUGAGAGCCAAGAGGGGACAGACGGAUACCUCACAGCCUGGUUGCUUCAGUAAAGAUCAGGUUUAUCUGGACGGCGUCCUCCGAAUUCUUCGGCAUCGAAGGACCAUCGACUUCAAAAUGCUGACAUCUCUAGGCAAGGUGUCUUAUGAAGACGUGGAGAGGCUGCGCCACCUGGCUGUGCUCUCCAGAACCAGAAUCCCACACUUCAUGCGAGACCAGGAGCGGUACCUGCAACAUCUGGAUCACAUUGUCGCCAUCAAUGAGCUGGACGAUUCAACGCUACAGCACCUGCUGCCUUGACCAUCCCUGCAUCACCUGAAGCCAAGAAGAACUGAAGGAGGCUGGUACAGUGACUGUGUCAUGUGGCACCCUGAAUAUCCCUCAAUAUCCAGUAUUGCCAAUGCUUUAUUUGAGCAAUUUUGUAAAACUUGAAUGAUACAAACGAAAGGGACUUACACACUAACACCUCUCUCUACAUUUUCACCUUUAUCCAAUCCAUGUGUGUAGCUUACUGAGAGCUAAGUACAGUUCAAGUGCCCCUGCUCCCCGCUUUUACUCCCACUGUGUUACCUCAAUCAUGUAAUCAACAUUAUAAAUGUAGACCCAUAGAUAAUCACUGCGCCCAACAUGCAUAUAGGUCACCGUGGGCGUUUACAUAUUUAAACACGCAUAAUCACAGGCUUUAUUUAUGCAACUAUUUGUUUUUGUUUUUACUGUAAGAGAACAAACUGAAUGUUUCUGGUAUUAGCUUUAUACCUUCUUUUUUAAAGACAGUAUUAUUUUAUGCCUUAGAUUGUUUCAGAAAGGACACCAAGGACACUUUGAAAACCCCUGGGUGGGACAGUGGUUGCUGUGGCCACCAUUCCUUAAAUUAUCAAGUGCCAGUGGACUCAGCCAAGUAUUUAAAUACUCCCCAGAGGUUUUCUAAUAUUUGUGUUAAGAUAAUCAGUGGUGUUUCUGUCUUAAUAGUGACCUUGGUGGUCUUUGGAUGUCAUCAUGCUACUGUGACGUGACCGUCCCCGAGCUACCCCCCGCGCACUAACCAAACUUUCUUUUGCAAAGUUAAAGGAAUAGUUUGACAUUUUGGGACAUUUACAAACAUUUUCUUCCUUGCGGAAAUUGAAAUGAAGAUUAACACAUCUGUCGUGUCUGUACACUCAAUAUGUAGCUGGAGUAUAACUUCUGAGUGGCAGUGGUGGAAAGUAGCUAAUACAUUUGCAGUAUCUGGUUUUUGAGUAAUUUUGAGGUAUCUGUUCUGUAUUUGAGUAUUACCAUGUCCUGCUAUGUCAUACUUUGACUUCCCUACAUUAUAUUUUACUCCACUAUAUUUAUUUAUUUUUAGUUACCAGUUAAUUUUCAUAAUUAGAUUAAUAAUACAACAUACACUGUAAUCAUAAGACUGAUUUCUGGUGGAAAAUUCAUAAGCUACCCAGCAGCAUGUUAAGUCAUUCACAUUAUAAUCAUAUAAGCUUGUUAAAAAUAGCUCCACCUUUACCAGCUGCAACAUUAAAUGUGAUGUGCACAAUAAUACAUCAAUAAUUAUAAUCCAAUAAUAUAUGUAUUCAUGUGUAACGUGCCAGUCUACAUAAUGAGUACUUGAUAAUACUUUUGUACUUUCAACUUAACAUUUUUAUGCAGGACUUUUACAGAGUAUUUUUACACUGUGCUGUUGCUCGUUUUACAAAGGUAAAGAAUGAGUACUUCUUCCACCACCACUUCCCAAAUGUAAAAACUGUUUGCUAAAGUUCUAUAAGAGUGCUGUGUAAGACUGGAAGGCUUCACCUGGCAAACUGCUGAUUACCCUCUUGAAGGGGUUAUGUGCAAAUGAAAAUGGCAAAUUUAUGUUUAAACAUUUGCUAAAAUGUCCAACUAUUCCCUUAACAUGUAAAUAAAGUGCCAACGUGGUGUUUUUAAUACACCGUUGGGCUAUUUGUGAAGCAGCCGACCUCAACUACCGUAGUUCCUCACUCAAACGUGUCACUGGCUGAGGUGGAAGUAGGGGUGCUGUGGGCGUGCCUUUGAUGGGUGUAGAGCUCAUCUGCUGUAGUGCAGCGUGCGUCUGUCGUGUGUUUCUAGGCUGCUUUUUACUGUGUUUAGCACUUAACACUUAAGAUGUCAGUCAGGUCAUCUGCUUUGGGACCAGCCCCCUAUGACCAGAAUUAGCACUGGCAAACUGAAAAACCAGGUCACAACAAAAGUGGUGCAGGUUGACCAGCAUUACAGCUGGUUCAGUAGUCCGACACUUGAUCAAGAUGGGAACUCCAUUCUAGGAUGCAUUUAAAAUACUUGGAUUUUAAGGUUAACAUGUAAUUGACAUUUACUCUGCGGUGUUUACAAUUGUAGCUACUUCAUAAGCAGAUGUUUUAAAUUUGAGCUCAGCCCAGACUCACUUAUACAAAUGCACCUAUUUGUAAUGCACGAAUGUUGCACAAGUGUUUUAUGUUCUGGAAAACACCUUGUCAUUUAAGUUUAUUUAUUAAAAGUAAACACAUGUGACCUCUCGUGUUUGUUUCAUGACGCACCACAACAACACACUACCAACCUGGCCGUAGUUCAUUACCUACAUAGAGCUUACUUGAGAACUGUGGGGGUUCAUGUUCCCUUCAGUACCAAAGUAAUCCAGUGACAGUUGUCUGUGCAUCCAUGGUUACAGUGCAAAGAAGUACUACUACAGCUCACCAGGCAUGUAACAAAAUACAAAUGUAUGAUAAAGGAAAAGGUCUCAAGUUGGAGCCCAGGGGCCUAUUUCAAGAAGGCGGUUUUGUCGAA